AUGAAUGGCGCAACUGGCACAAAAUUAUACUUGAUGACGGAUGCCUUAGACGUAGGUGGUGAGGGUUUGUCACGGAGUGGAGAACAAAUUAUCAUCUGUGGUCAGACCACCUGGAUUGUGAUUGUGCAGGCGUCAGAGGGGUACGCGAAGUUGCGCGAAUGUGCACAAUGUCUACGCCAUAGUGACCACAAACCCGAGGUCUUGUUUAAAAUAUUUUCAUGGAUACGGAACGGAAUUUGUAACAAUAUGGAAGGUGGCGAAAGGGUUUCUUGUGAAAAAGUAGCAGUGUGCACUGGCAGCUAUCGCACACGUGGACGACACCCAUCCAUUGCGCUAAAGUCAGCAUCUGCCUUUAUUGCUCCCACUCGCAGUAUGAUCGUUCUGGUCUGGGAUUACAUAGCGCCAUAUGGAUGGCUCAUCUCCUUCGUUGCCUUCGCCAUUUAUUUACUGUACAGUCAAUUCAUUAGACCGAAAAUAGAGCAGAUACGAAAUAGCCGCAAAAUUAUUGAACAGAAGAAGUUUGAUGAAGACCUUGACUCACGCUUUGGUCAGCGUAUUGCUGCUGUCCGACAAAAACAGCAAAGAGACCACGAACAUAUAGCAGAAGAGAUUAAGCUCCUUGCAGAGGAAGCCUCACGAAAAAGGCUGAAGGAUUUGGAAGAGAGAGAACGGAAGAAGAAUGUGCUGGAGACUACAUUGUUGGCACAUGAUUUAAACAAGAACAGGAAGAACUCUUCUGCAGCCAUUCGGUCGCCUGGCGAGCUGAUUGAUCAAUUCAUUUCUUCGAAACCGAUAGUUGUGUUCAGCAAGACUUGGUGCCCUUUCAGUAGGAAAGCAAAGGCAGCUUUGGCGACUUUUCGACUAAGUUCUCGGCACUUUGAAUACAUAGAACUAGACGAGCGCACAGACCUACCCGGCGAUGCGAUACAAGACGAAUUGGAAAGGAGAUACGGGAGUAGAUCAGUUCCAAAGGUGUUUAUUGCUGGAAAAUUCAUCGGAGGCGUAGACGACACUGUUCGACUGCUGCAUAACGGCGAGUUGGAGGUUAUGGUUAAUGCUGCGCUGGGUAUCAAUUAA